GCGAAACGCACCAAGAAGGUUGGGAUUGUGGGUAAAUACGGUACCCGUUAUGGUGCGUCCCUGAGGAAAAUGGUGAAGAAGAUUGAAAUUAGCCAGCAUGCCAAGUAUACCUGCUCCUUCUGUGGCAAGACCAAAAUGAAGAGGAAGGCUGUGGGUAUCUGGCACUGUGGAUCCUGCAUGAAGACAGUUGCUGGUGGUGCCUGGACUUACAACACCACCUCUGCAGUGACAGUGAAAUCUGCGAUCAGAAGGCUGAAGGAGUUGAAAGACCAGUAGAAGCUGCUUCCCGUUCUCCUUGUGAAACAUCCCUUUUUUCCUCACUGUCAGGAUCUGUCCUUUUAACAAUAAAAAAGGUGAUAAUGGAGUGGAA